UCGGUUGUGGGCAGUAGUUAGAAAUUUUAUUGUAAUGAUGUAGAUUAUUAUAAAGAGCAUUGAAAUUAAAGAAAUUAAAUAUUCUUCUGUCACUGGGAUUCAUUUAAGCCAUGCAGUGUUGGGCUACCUAAUGUCAUGCUUGAGGGCCCCAGAUGGAAUCCAAACUCAUGGGAUUCAGACAUAUGGAGCAGCUGCUCAAGUUGUCAAAAAUGAAUGAUAUAUUUACCACAACAUGUUUUGGGACUGCAUUAUCAGAUAAUAACAGCUAUGUAAUUAGGAACUAUCAAACUAAAAAAUCCAGCAACAAACAUGCCUUGUCAAACAUUUAAAUCUCUUCCGUGAAUGUUUCAGUUUUUUUCGCAUAACCUUCUCAUGAAGGUCAGUUACAAGCAGAGCUUUGUGAGAUGGUUAUGUGAGAAAAUGAGAUAUUCAAAGAAGAGCUUUAUAUGUUUAAUAUGGCAUGUUUGCUUGUAGUGUGUUAGUUUGAUGGUGUCUAUGGGAUAGCAAUGUUAAACUCUUGAUAACAGGAUAUAUAAGCUUGAAACAUAUUGUGGUAAAUAUAACUUGUAAGAUGUAUGGAAGUUUCUAUGUCCAGGUCAACACGGUGACACCUACUGGUGGAGAACAAUUGCCCUUAGCGACCAGUCUCCUGACAGUGGAGGUUAUCUAAGUUGCUGCAUUGCUGGUUGGGUGCUGUUAGCACAAUGGCAGUUCUUCACCUGAUCGGCUAUUGUCGCUGGGGCAUCCCCCUUAUGGAAAGGAGUGUUCCUAAAGCUGUGCUUCUUAUGGUUUUCCGACUCCAAGCCAGCAGCUCCGCUCAUGUGAUACAGCUGUGAUGGGUGGCAAUCCUGCUAGGAGAGCACUCAUGAAUCACUGCUCCACUCCCACGGUACUACUGACUGCUCUGCUCGGGGGAGCCACGGUGCUGUCGACGGCUCCGCUCGUGGGAGCUGUGUUGCUGUCGGCCGCUCCGCUCGUGGGAGCCGUAGUGCUGUCGACUGCUCCGAUCGUGGGAGCAGUGUUGCUGUCGACCGCUCCGAUCGUGGGAGUUGUGCUGCUGUCAACCGCUCCGCUCGUGGGAACCGUGGUGCUGUGGGCUGCUCCGCUCGUGGGAGCCGUAGUGCUGUCGACUGCUCCGAUCGUGGGAGCUGUGACGCUAUCAACUGCUCUACCCAGGGAAUCCAUCUUCCUGGUUGAUGCUCCACUCGUGGGGGCUAUCGACUGCUUCAUUUGUGAGGGCUAUCUUACAGGUGACUUCGCUACACACCAGUACUGUUGUCCAAGCAAUGAUCUUGUGGUAGUUGUCAUUCUGGUUACAGUUCUACUUGUGGUGGCAGUUUGCUGGCGACUAUUCUACUCAUGGGCCCAUUUCUGAUGGUGAUUGCUGCUCAAGGAUACUGACAACAUUGCAAUGAUUAACAACUUCCUUUCAGAUAUGGGGACCAAUAUUGAACUGUAGAUCUUGUUGACUGCAUUUUCCAUAGUUGCACUACUUGAUCUUUCCAAAACAUAAAAUGCUUCUGAGUGUUAAGAUUCAACUUGAUUGAUGUGAUCCAGAAUGCUGUGUCUGACACCGUAUAGUGUUUUAAAAGCAUAGAAUAUUUUUAAAGCAUACUUGUUUGAGGCCAUAAGAGAUUGAAAACAUUAAAUUUGUUGUUACCUUAGUUGUGGAACUUUGGACCUCAUUAUGUGUUAAGGAGUUCGAGUGUGAGGCCAGUAUUGCAUUCCACUCCCUGGAACUAUGGUGCAGUUUGCAGUUCACUGUGGAUUUAGGAUGUGAAUUUCUGUUGUGAAAUGCACUGAAGAACUUGAUUGUAGGAGAUUUACUCUGUUGUGUACUGUGUGGUACAGUUCAGACCUUAGUUGUAAUGUCUGGCAGACCAUGGGCAUUUUGUGCCUUGUACACAGUGUUUCAGCACGUUAUGAUAUCCUUUGCAACUUUGCUUAUCAACUUGGGUGCUGACAUUGUGCAAAGUGGAAUGCAGCUGAUUCUCCACUAGUCUCCAAUCAUUGGUCAGUUGGACCACUGCUAAUUCAGUGCUUGGUUGUAGCAGCUGUAGCCACUCGCAAGCACAUGCCUCAGUCUCUCUGCUCUGUAGGCAUUUUUUAUACAAAAUAGUGUACUGUAGUUUAGGUCCCUUGCUGCAGUUUAAUAUGCUUUUCAGUUUUGGCUGAUGUGGAUCUCUUAUCAGAUGCUGUGUGUGCAGGGAGCUUUUUGUCAUCUAUGGCGUUGUCUCUUAAUGUAUGUGCUAGGCUGGGACUGUUAUCACCACAGUCUGAUUGAUGCAACAACUGCUCGUACCAUCCCAUGUCCCAGUGUUAUAUUUGUUAGUAAAUUGUUAAACACAUUGUUUUUUAAGUGUUUGUGUAGUGUUGUGGUGUUUCCUACAGUUACAGGUGCUUCAGUUUCCUGUGGUGAAAUUUGCUUUGGUUGUCAAACGUACUCGUGUUUUUUUUUUCGAUAACAAUUUCUUUUGUGCAUUUAUCCAAGAGGUCAUAGGUUAGCAUGUGCAGUAAUUCAGCAACUGUGGGACGAGGAUAGUGACCAGUUAAUACAAAUUUAGUUCCAGAAAGCAAAAACAGCUGUAAUUGGUUCUUUGGAUAAUCAUAUAGAACUGUUAAACAGGGGAUGUCAAACCAUUUAUCAAAAAUUCAUCAGAUACAGACAGUUGAAUCUGACUGACCACUCAGCCAGACCAAUCCGUUCAAUUGGUCCAUCUCUGAACGGGUUCCUUAUAUGGUCAUACCUAUUUGCUGUGUUCAAGUUUCAGUUUACCAGGACCACAACCAAGACCACAGACAAGUAUGUUUUGUAAGCUAUGUGCAUGCGCUCUAGAAUGUUUACCUUGUUAAUAUUUUGGUUGUACCGUGAUUAGCUGGCCUAUCUCCAUAUUGUUCAACGCAGAAGUGCCCAGCUUUUUUCUUUUUUCUUCUCUUUUCUUUUUUUUUCUUUUUUUUCAUUUGGCCUGGAGGUAUCCAGGAUUUGUCAAAUUUGUCAUGGAGGUGUCCAAGGUACAUCCAGGGAUCAUCGCACUAUAUGUCGCCGAGGCGGCUGGAUUUCACUGCCACAUUCAUAAUAGAGGUGUCAGGAUUUGUCACAGAAGUAUCUGUUGUUUGUCGUGUCCAGGAUUCAUUGCACCAUUCAUCACAGAAGGGUCCUGUUCAUUGUGAUGUCCAGGAUUUGUCCCAGAGCUGUCCGGGUUUUGUCGCAGAUGUGUCCCGGAUUCAUCGUGGGGGUGUCUGGGAUUCGUUGCAUUGUUUAUUGUGGAGGCAGCCGGGAUUCAUUGCAUUGCUCAUUGUGGAGGUGUCUGGGAUUUGUCGUGGAGGUGUUCUCCAGGACUGGAUGCGGAGAUGUCCGGGAUUCGUCGCGGGACUCGAUGCGGAGGUGUCCAGGAUUCAUUGCGGAGACAUCCAGGAUUCGUCACGGAGAUGUCUGGGAUUCAUCGUGGAGGUAUCCAGGAGUCAUGGAGAUGUCCGUGAUUCGUUGUGGAAAUGUCCGAUCCGGGAUUCAUCGUGGAGUGUCCAGCGGAAUUCAUCACAAAGAUGUCACGGUUUUACUGGCAGAGGUAUCCCGGUUCGGUCUCAUCGUUCGUCGUGGAGGUGUGCGGAUUUCGUAUCAUCGUUCGUCGCGGAGGUGUCCGGGUUUCGUCUCAUCAUUCUACGCGGAGGUGUCCGGGUUUAGUUUCAUCGUUCGUCGCGGAGGUGUCCGGGUUUCCUCGCGGAGGUGUCCGGGUAUCGUCGCGGUGGUGUCUGGGUUUCGUCUCAUCGUUUGUCGCGGAGGUGUCUGGGUUUCGUCUCGUCGUUCAUCGCGGAGGUGUCCGGUUUCCGUCUCAUCGUUCGUCGCGGAGGUGUCCGGUUUUCGUCUCAUCGUUCGUCGCGGAGGUGUCCGGGUUUCGUCUCAUCGUUCGUCGCGGAGGUGUCCGGGUUUCGUCUCAUCGUUCGUCGCGGAGGUGUCCGGGAUUCGUCUCAUCGUUCGUCGCGGAGGUGUCCGGGAUUCGUCUCAUCGUUCGUCACGGAAGUGUCCGGGUUUCGUCUCAUUGUUUGUUGUAACGGUGUCUGGGUUUCGUCAUGGAGGUAUCCGGACUUUGUCUCAUCAUUCGUUGCGGAGGGGAGGGGGGUCUUGAUUUCGUCUCAUCGUUCUUCGUGAAAGUGACCUUGGUUUUUCUAGUUACAUAUCAUUGUGGUGUCGUAAGAUUUUCUUAACAUGCAUGACAGAGGUGUUGUAAGAUUUUUUUUGGCAUGCAUCAGACGUGCCACAAGUCGUAGCAUAUCCCUGGUGCACAACGAGCUGAAAGGACGCCACAUGGAACUUCCUAUGGUAUUAUUUGUGCAUCAUGGAGGAUAUAGCGAUUUGGUGCAUAUGGUACCAAAUAGAUGCCUGUCAGUUAACACAUUACAGAGCGUCCAGUUCAGCUUGUACAAUAAAUUUGUCCAUAGUUCAUAUUACCAUGCACCAUGUUCACUUUUAUGGCUGGCUGCCUAAGUUACAGAUCAGUAUGGUUUAUGUCUUAUUCCUUAUGGAGAUGUUCAUUGACUGUCUCCAUAUUAAUUGUGAAUUUUUUGUGAUUCUAGUCCGUCAUAUGCUUAUAUGUAACUGUUGUCUCCUGCUUUAGAGACAUACUUGGGACCUUGCCUUUCAAAAAUUAAAACUUAAUCCAUGUGAAGGUACAGCAUUGACAUACAAAGGUUAGCUUGUGUGCCGUAGUGAUGUCCCAGUUCUUUUUAGCAUUUUCUGUUGUGCAUAAUGUGAAUAGUGAAAUAUUUGGUUUUGUGUAAUUGGCUCAAAGCAGGUAAGACUACAUAUGGUAUUUAAUGAUGUAUACUUAACAUUUGGUGUUGCCUGUUUUGUACUGGUUGAUAUCCAAAUUACAUUUACUGGCAGAAAUAUCCCAGUAAAGCUGUGGCUUUAACUCUUGAUAUUGGACUGCCCUUAAGAGGUUAUAUGGAACAAAAUUGCAGCAUUUAUCUGAGUAUUAUUUCUUUUCAAUAUGGUCCAUCUACUUCUUCAUUAGAGCAGAUGUACCCUAAGAAAUUCAGAGGCUGUAUCACUGAAAUCAAAGAGAUGUGAGAGUGAUGAGAGGUAUAGGUAGUAACCAUUCAUACUGGCACACAAGUACAGUUGGAUUUUUUAAAAAUUUACUUGUUGAUGUUAGCAGAUUCAUCACAGAUAAUCAGCACAUUUUUUACACCAAAGACAUAAACUUCCUUUUCAAAUGUUUUUAUGUACACACACUGCUUUACUUUGAAGCAGGUCUCAAUUCUGCAUCACAUACUUAUUUUUCAACAUUACUGCAGGAACAAGAUGUGUGUGACAUGCCCCCCCCCCCCCCCCCACACACACACACACACUAAAAUAAUUCCAAUCAUGCAUUCCUUUCUGGGUCUUCCAAUUUGUAUGCAGUCUUUUAUUGCGAUCGUCAGUCUAAAAUUUUCACUGAGUACUGCAUUAGCUUGAUUAUUUAUCACUUCUAUGGAUUGAUGCAGUUCUCUCACCAGGUUCUCAUAAAGAAAACUCCACUUCAGAGAGAGAUGGGAGCAGUCACCCACAUGUAAUGAAAUGACCUAAUUAAAUUCCACAAUUGACUGUGCAAUUAGUACUGGACUUCCAUCAUUUCAUUAAAUUUCACAGUUCAUGAGAAAGGUCUUCCUGGAUAACAAGUCAUCGCUCAAUAACAGUUAAAUUCUAGAAAUGUUUUACAAAGAAUGCAGUUGUGAAUCAUUAAUCAAAACCUAACAUACUGAAACAUAGUUGAUACCAAAAUAUUAAUUUGCUGUCACAUUGUUUUUAGACAGCAAUUGGCAAGUAUAUAUAGAGCAUUACUUGAUAUGGUCCUGUAUGUAGUCUUACAUUGGUGUGUGUUUAUACCGAUAUUGUAAUGCAUACUUAUUUCACAGUUAAUGUAAUCUUUAUUAGUGAUAUUAUUUCCGUGUUCAUCUCAGUAAUUCAUAUAGAUUUGGAAAUGACGAUAAAUCAGGUCCUUAUUUUUUGAAGCUUAAUUUAAGCACUGCUCUAUAAUCAGGAAACUUGUUACUUUAAAUCAGUACAGAUCAAUGUUCUAGCAAGAUUUUUUAAAGUAGGAUCAACAUUUUAAAGCACCUAAUACUAUGAAGUUUUAUGUACCAAAUUCUUUUGUAAAAUAAAUGUUCCUCAACAAAACUAACUAUGCUACAUCUGUCAGUACAUUAUAGAAAAAUAGCCUGAAUAAUAAUACCCAGGAAAACUGAAAUAAUUGUAAUAUUUACUAGGUAAUUGAUAUCCAAAAGUAAACUAAAAAAUUGAAAACAAAGCAUUUAUUUACUUCAGGAAUGAUACCAGAGCAAAUGGAGGUCCUACACUUUUCAUACAUUCUUUGUUCUUAUGAUUGGUGGCAAAACUAUUAUCAGUGAUGUUAUUGCUCUAAUGUGGUUGAAAAGUUGCAUUGCUCCAUGCCAUAAACUUACUAGUGUUGCUUGUGAACCUUUCAUUGCAGUUCCUAGUGUGAGUGUCCCAUUAAAAAUUCCUUCAUGUGGCUGUUAAUGUUUGCAUUUUCCUUUCUAUUAUUCCUCUGUCACUUCCACCUUCCAAAUAGGGAAACACUUCCAUCAGAGUUCUCAUUUCAGCUUAUAUAAGUUACUUAAACUUUGUGUGUGUGUGAGAGAGAGACUUAUGGGGCACUCAACACUGAGGUUAUGAGUGCACCAAAGUGGAAAUUUGUAUUCAUGUCUUUUGAUUCACAUGUAAUGAAAAUUAACUUUAACUCUCAACUACUAAAUUCUUUUUAUUUUAUUUAUUUAUUUUGAGAGAAGGUGUCUUUCUCGAGUAUCUGAAGUUAAACACCAGGAUGGAAAAUCAGGAAACUUGUUACUUUAAAUCAGUACAGAUCAAUGUUCUAGCAAGAUUUUUUAAAGUAGGAUCAACAUUUUAAAGCACCUAAUACUAUGAAGUUUUAUGUACCAAAUUCUUUUGUAAAAUAAAUGUUCCUCAACAAAACUAACUAUGCUACAUCUGUCAGUACAUUAUAGAAAAAUAUGCCUCGCUCAAACAUGAAUUUGGUUUAGUUUAUGAAAUUCUUCUCAUUGAACAUUUGAUGAGUUGUGUAAAUAAGUCAUAUAUUAAGUACAUAACUAAUUGCUUUGGUGUCUUUACCAUUUGUUAAUAUUCAGUGCAGAGUAUGAACACCAUUAUAGCAUAGAAUCAAAGUUUUUUUUAUAACAUUGGUUGGCUACAUCAGAGAUGGUAACGAUGGUUCUGUUUUUAUACUACUUUGUGAGACAGUGCACUAUCUUGAAUUUCUGUAUGGAUAAUACAUUAAACUGAACGUCUUCAAUGGAAUUUGUGCUUACAUAUUAAUAAAACUAUUGUAAUCAAAGUCAGUCUUUGCAUAAGAGAAAUAAAGAUUAUAUACCAGUGCUCUGGUUGAAAUCCAGUCUGCAGUUUCUUCCUCAUUUUAGAUACUUCUUGCUUAAAUUAGAACAUCUUGUGAAACCUUUUGUGUUCAAUUCUUAUCAGCCCUUCAGUAUUAUAACCACAACUCUAUUUCAUGUCUGCGAUUAUUUUAUGUUUCAAUUGAAGAUCACACUGCACAACAGUAAUUUGUUGUGUAUUGGCACUGUGGGAAACAUUUCUCCAUUAUGGGAAACCCAUUGCUCCAUAAAUCUAAUGAAUUGUCAAUAACUGACAAGUGUCAGCAGUGUCAUGGCAAUAUUUUUAAUCCUUUAUUACUUGAUGUUUAGUAUAUGAUGGUUGUUAGUAUAUCAAUUAUUUCCUUUGUCGAGAAAACAAGAUAAUGAGGGUUGAAGUAUUUCCAGUGUUUUCUAUUUAUCAAAAAAAUAAGUAAUGUAUGAAUAAAAAUUAAUGCUAAUAAAGGAAUAACAUUUUCUAAA